AUGACUACGGCAAAAGCUAAGAGGUCCGCAGCUCGACCACCACCUGCUCGGGUGACCCGACCGGCGACUCCUCCAGCCCCUGCACCUGCGGCACCGAGCACGAACGGCAAGAAGAACAAAAAGAAGAAGAAAGGCAAAGGGAAGGGCGUCGAACGCAACGCACAGGUGCCUGGAUCGUACGACGCAGAUGAGUACGAGGACGAAGAAGACGAGGACGACGAGACGGCGCUCCCGCCUCUCGAGCCAAUGUCCCCUGCACACUCGCAUCCGCACACACACUCGCACCUGCACGCACACCGGACGGUGAGCCAGCGGACGGGGCUGUCGCCGGAGUUAGCAUCGGUGCACGUGUCGACGACGGCGUCCUUGUCGGCGUCGCUCGCGGCGCACCUGAAACCGACGACAGCGGCGGAGGCGGAGCUGCUCGCCACGGCGGAUCAUCUCGCGCGGAGCAUGGAGGGGGCGGAGGGGGGGCUGGUGAACGACGAGUACUGGGCAUCCUUCCCGGAUCACCUGCGCAACUUUGUACGGCACACUUACUCUCAGUUGAGCUCGGCUGGUAACGCGGACUCUGCACUGAAGACGCAGGCGAUGUACGCAAUCGCACAGCAGAUGCACUCAGGCGCGAACAGGGACGGCGGCGGAGGGCGGUACCCGCCGGGCGCAUACCCUGGGAUGCCCUUCGACCCUGCCAUCUUUGCGGAUCCACAGUUUGCGCUGGCGAUGGAGCAGGCGGCGGCUGCGAACGGCGCGCUGCAGGCGGACGGGGGCACGCUGGGGGCGGCGAACGUUGUGCUGUAUCCGGAGGAGCAGGAGUACGGGGAGGAUGAGUACUACAGCGAGGACGAUGUGGACGACCUCGACGACGAGCUCGGCGGGGAGCGGCGGUCGCAGGCGGCGGCGCAUUUCACACUCUCGUUCGAGGACCCGCUCGGCCGCCCGCCGGCGGGGCUCACGGCGGCCGCGGCGGAGGACGGGUACGGAGGGCCGAAGAAGAAGAACAGGAAGAAGAAGAAAAAGGGAGAGGAGCGGGCGUCUGCCGGGGACCCGGCCGGGGAGCGGCCGGAGUCAGAGGACGAAGGCGGGGCGGUGACAAAUGGCGGGCGGCCAGUCUCUGCUACGAACCGUAUGCCCGCCGCACGCCCUCCGCCCGCCGCAGCCACAAACCCGCCCCCGUCGUCUCGCGCGGCGGGCAAGAAGCCCAUGGCAUACACUCCUGCUCCCGCGCAGGACCCCCCGCCCCCGUCCCGUCGCGCCGCCUCCAAGGCGCCGAUCUCCUCGCACCAGUACGGCCACAAUCACACCCAUCACCAUCCAUCGCCUCCAUCCUCCAACGCCUCCGCCCCACACAAGCCCAGACCGCCAGCCUCUGGCCAGCAGCCGCAGAAAAACUCCAAGAUAUGGUCCACGAGCACCACCGAGGAGCGCGAGCGUAUCAAAGAGUUUUGGCUCGGUCUGGGUGAGGAGGAGCGCCGGAACCUCGUCAAAAUUGAGAAGGAGGCCGUCCUGAAGAAGAUGAAGGAGCAGCAGAAACACAGCUGUAGCUGUGCGGUGUGCGGGCGCAAACGGAAUGCUAUUGAGGAGGAGCUCGAGGUACUGUACGAUGCUUAUUACGAGGAGCUAGAACAGUACGCGAACUACCAGCAGCGAUACAUCUCCUCCGGCGGGACGCUGCCUCCACCUCAAGGGCCGGGUCCGUUUCCGGGCAGCGUCGAGCUGGACAAGAACGGCGCCGUCAUCAGCCCUCAGCCUCCAGACGCCCACCGCGGCAAGGCCCUCAUAGCCAACGGGCGCAAGCCCGUCAAGCACGCGGAGAGCGAGUUUGAGGACGACGGGGACGAUGACUAUCCGGAUGAAGAUGGGUACGAGGAUGAGGAAGAGGACGAAGAGGAAGAGGAGGACGAGGAGGAUGAGGAGGACGACGCGGACCCCGAGGACGAGGAUGAGGUGAAGCAAGACCGGCGGCCCACGGCGCCUCGCCGGCGAGCCGUCAAUGGUACCAAGGUCAACGGACGCGACGGUCUCGGUAACUUUGGGAACAACCUCACCGUGACCGGCAAGUAUCGGAACAUCUUGACGGUCGCCGAUGAUCUCCUCAAGAAUGACGGACAGAAGUUCUUGGAGAUGAUGGAGCAGCUUGCCGAACGUCGGAUGCAGCGGGAAGAGGAGGCGGCAGUCGAUAUUGAGGAGGACAGCGAGGACGAGGACGACGAGGGCGAUGAGGACGAUGAGGAAGACGAUGAGGAUGAUGAAGACGAUGAGGAGGACGAGGAGAUCAUGACGGAGGAGCAGAAGAUGGAAGAGGGGAAACGAAUGUUCUCCAUCUUUGCGGCACGCAUGUUCGAGCAGCGCGUGCUCCAGGCGUACCGCGAGAAGGUCGCGCAGGAGCGUCAGCUCCAGCUUCUCCGCGAGCUCGAGGAUGAGGACAAGCUCAGCAAGGAGCGCGAGGCCAGAAAGCAGUCGCAGAACCAGAAGAAGAAGGACAAGAAGCGACAACAGAAGCUAGCCAAAGAGGAAGAGCGUGCUGCCAAAGCCGCUGAGAAGGCCGCUGAGGAGGCUGCUCAACGCGCCAAGCAGGCCGCUCUCGAAGAGGAGCAACGCAAACGUCGUGAGGAGGAGCGUGCCAAGCGUGAAGCUCAACGCAAGGCGCAAGAAGAGGAGAGGGCGCGCAAGGAGGAGGAGCGUCGAAAGCGCCUUGCAGAGGAGCGAGAACGCGAAGCCGAACGCGAACGGAAGAAGCGCGAACGCGAGGAGAAGGCCAAGGCUGAGCGCAGGGAGCGGGAGGAGCGAGAACGCAAAGCCCGUGAAGAGCGUGAGGCCAAGCUCGCUGCUGAGCGUGCUGCAGAGAAGGCGCGACGCGAGCAGCAGGAGAAGGAAGAGCGGGAACGCCGCCUUGCUAAGGAGAAGGAGGAGAAGGAGAAGGCUGAGCGGGAGAAGGCCGAGAAGGAGAAGGCUGAAAGGGAGGCUCGCGAGCGCGCUAUCCAGCAGCAGCAGCAGCAACGUGCAGCGGCGGCCAGGAACAACGCGCGUGCACCUACCUCACCGCGGAACGCCGUUCCCUCAGGCUCUCAGCCAUCUCCCAGCCGUCCUACCUCGCAGAAGAAGAUCCUUAACAAGCCUCAGCAACCUCCUGCCCCCACGCCUCCUGUCCUCCAACCUCUCCGUCCUCAGCCGCCCCAGCCCCGCGCGCCUAUGGUCGGUGCGUCGCAGCCUACUACGCCCAUUGCUCCUCAGAUGCCACCGCAUAUACCUCCUUUGACGCCAGUCUUCCCUCCGUCCGUCGGCGGCGUAGGAGUCAUUCCUCCGGCGCUGUCUCCGAGGGUACCAUUCACUCCAGGGCCGUUUGUAGGUGGUGUAUCCAUGGUCCCCGGGCCGUCCAUGCCUCCAGGUCCUCCACCGCCACUAGCUCCUUCAGCCGUCCCACGUGGCUUUGGAAACGGGAAUCCGUUCGACAAUGGCUUCGGACGUGGAUUGACACCUGCGCCAAUCGCCCCUCCGAACCGUGCAGUGCAGAACCCCCUCGCUUCUCCCACCCAGCUUAACCUUGCUCCUGGUCACCCCAAUGGCCGCACUCCCGGACCUGACCCUGGUCCUAUCACCCGUCCUACCAUCGCUCCCAUCGCACGACCAACAGGCGAUGCGUCGGGCUCAGGCUCAACAUCGCCCACUCGGCGAUCUCCCAGCCCGAAGGGUGUCCUCGGCUCGGCUGCGCUGCUUGCGGAUGACGACGAGGUGCUGAGCACUCCUGCUACUCGUCGGGCUGUGCCUGCCGGAGCGGUUGGCCAAGGCUGGGGCCCAGCGACGUCGACGAGCCCUCGAGGAUCAGUGUCAUCACCAUGGGGGCCGCCUGGUGCACAUUCCGGAUUCCCUUCCCGUGCACCCGCACCUGGACCUCCUGGGCCAAUCGGAACGAACCUAUGGGGUUCGCCGCCGAAUCCUGACUGGCAUCCGACUCCCGGCUUCUUCGGAGCACCUUUUGCUCCCCAUAACCCUUCCACUGCACCCCACACCGGUAGCUGA